AUGCUUCUCAGUGCAACCUUCUACAUCGUUACGACGCACCUUAUCGGAAUACUCGCCCCAGCUCAUGCAGCUGCUUUACCCUUUACCGCUGAACGAGGUGUCUCUGGCCAUGGCAGCGGUAAUGCUGUUGCAGUUCCCGCCCGUUGGGACCAUUAUGGUUAUCUCUUCAAUGUCACUGUUGGUUCUCCACCACAGAACAUCACCAUGCUCAGUGACAUGACGUGGAUGGCGCUCUUUGUGCGGUCUGGUCGGUGUAUGGACCAGUUUAAUCCCGAGUUCUGCACAGCCGAGGGACAGUCUAUGUUCAGUGAGCGUGACUCGGAUACGUUCAGAAAUACCUCAUUUGCACAAUCCACGUGGCCCAUUACAGCUUUUGCGCCUAAUUUCACCGUCGACUACGGAAGAGACCAGGUCUGCAUUGGACAGAUCUGCAGCAAAGACACGUUGAUGCAGGUAUCUGACUUUCCCUACCCUGGCAGUGUUGUGCCUGUGGUUUCGUUCGGAGGUAUCUUUGGCCUGGCACCCCCACCAGCCGUACGCGCCGAGAUAUCUGAGCCAGCCAACUACCAAGCGUGGAAAGAAGGCAAAAUGGGAUCUCUUGUUGGGUGGCACACGUGUGAUGUUCUAGAAUCGAAGUCUAGCUGCCAAGGAGGUGAUGCCCAGCUGGUGUUUGGUGGAACUGAUACUGCAAUGUACGAUGCCCAAAAGGUGGAGUCCUACAGGAUUCAGAAUCCCGAGUGGCUUAGCGAUGCGUUUUACCCUGCAACGCCCCCUCGCAGCAACUACUGGAGCGUUCCAUUGAGCGGGAUGUGGAUCAAGACGACCAAUGCGAGCAUCUCCAAGAAUUACGCUGUGCCCUUCAAGGCUGUUAGCGGUGGUAAAAAGACACUCCCGUUGGCCGUAGUGGAUGAAGGGUCUGAAGGCCUCGGAGCACCACUGUCGCUCAACGCGUACAGGAACCUUGUCAAGCACACCAAAGCCAAGGUUGCAUCCAGCACAAUUGUUGAGAAGAUUCUUGCACAAGGCUCCACAGGAUACAACACUGGCGAACAGGAUUGGUAUACAGUUCCUUGUGAUGGACUUGCCGGUUAUCCUGAUCUUGUAUACGAGCUUGAUGGGAGAAAGCAGUACACGAUUCCUCCAGGCAAUUAUGUAACAAGGCUGGCCAACACGUUGGGAUCUGUGUGCUACUUGAAUGUCAAUGUUUGGAAGUUUGGACGCACCAAGACUGGUGAUGCGAAGGUGGUCCUUUUGGGCAAGGCAUUUCUUAAGAGGCACUAUCUUAUACUCGACUUUGAGGAUCGCACUUUUGGUCUUGCUCCUCUUCGCACGGGGUAG